GGACAUGGGGAUCGACAGAGAGCAAGUCAGGCAAGAAUUGGAGGAUGCUAUCCGUGCGGUACUUGGAAAUCUGGACAGGUUACAACCAUUUACCACAGAGCACUUCACCAUCUUCCCAUAUAAAAAUGAAUGGGAAAGAUUAUCAGAACUUCAGUUUAAACAAGGUGACAAAAUCCUCAUCUCUUACCCGUAUGUCUGUACCUUGUAUGUUGAAUUAAGGUCAGAUCACCAGCAUUCGUUAGCAGCUGCAGGUGAAUGCCAUUUCAAUGAUUGUAUCGUUUAACUGAUGUUGAAAUGUGGAGUAGUCCUAAUGUCAACUGUGUGGAUCAUCACUGUACUUUCUGGAAUAAAAAUCAC